UGCUGUGUUGUUUUGGUUAUGUUUUGACUUUAUGAGAUGCAUUAGUUAGAAUUUACAGUAAUAUUAAAAGCGCCCCGAUAAUUCGGUUCAAGUAUAACGUAGAUUAUAUCACAUUAUACAAGAUUUAUGUUGCUCGGAAAGUUCGAAAUUAAAAACCCACAAUCCGAAAUUUCAAAAUUACCUGGCAGUUGGAAAUAAAAAAAUGUGCUUUAAGAAAUAAAUAUGCCAAUUGCUUAAACAAUAAGUUUCAUAAAAUGGCUGGUGAUACCACUGCUUCUCUUGGAGGAUCGCAGGUGGCUUUAGUAACAGGAGGCUACGAUCAUACUAUCAAGCUAUGGCAGGCACACAGUGGUGUUUGUUUACGAACAAUGCAGCAUCCAGAUUCGCAAGUGAACAGCUUGGAGAUCUCACCAACAUCGAUGGUAGCAGCAGCUGGAUUUCAGCAUAUACGGUUAUAUGAUCUUAGUAGUGCCAAUCCAGACCCGGUCACAACUUUUGAGGACAUCUCCAAAAACGUAUCUCGAGUUGGGUUUCAGAAAAAUGGCACUUGGAUGUACACAGGAGGUGAGGACUGCACAGCCAGGAUAUGGGAUCCCAGGGCUGCACCACGUACAAGGUGUCAAAAGAUAUUCCAAGUUCAAGCUCCGGUGAAUGCAGUAAUGCUUCAUCCUGAUCAGUCCCAGAUAAUGGUUGGAGACCAGAGUGGCAUUAUACAUAUAUGGGAUCUGAAAACGGAUCAAAAUGAACAACUGAUACCAGAAGCGGAGGCGUCGAUUCAGGACAUAGCUAUUGAUCCAGCCGGCAAGAUGAUGGCGGCUGUUAAUAACAAGGGCAACUGCUACGUGUGGUCGUUAAGCGGACAACCACCGCACCCUGUGCCCAAAAAACACAUUACUGCACAUUCGAAAUAUGCUUUACGGUGUAAAUUUAGCCCAGAUUCAACCAUGUUGGUGACGACGUCGGGCGACUGCUCGGCCAAGAUCUGGCGCACGAGCGACUGGGCGCUGCUGCGAGAGCUACGGCGUGACACGCAGCGAUGGGUCUGGGACGCAGCCUUUACGCUUGAUUCUCGAUUUUUAUUCACUGGUUCAUCGGAUAGUUAUGCUCGAUUAUGGAACAUUGAGCGUGGCACGCUUGAACGGGAGUACUGCGGUCAUCAGAAAGCCAUCACAGCACUCGCGUUUAAAGAUCAACCUGUUUGAAUAGAUAUGGGUUAAAAUAAUUUGGGAUGAUUAUAAAGCUUAAAUAAAUAAAUAAUAAAGUUGUAAAUAAUAUAAUAAUUGAAUUAAUUUUUAAUUGAAUAAAUGAUUACAUAGCAUUAAGGGUUUUUUUCUUCAGAAA